UUGGGCAUAUGCUAUUACCUUCCUUCCAAAAUGCCACUGUUGCUCUAUCUGGUUCUCUUGGUACUUGGGAUUCAUUAUGCACCACCUAACAUCUCUGAAGGCACAGUAACUUCCUGCCAUUCCCCUCAACAAAAUGCCACUCUCUAUAAGAUGUCAUCCAUCAAUGCUGACUUUGCAUUCAACCUGUACCGGAGGUUCACUGUGGAGACCCCAGAUCAGAACAUCUUCUUUUCCCCUGUAAGCAUUUCUGCAGCUUUGGCCACGCUCUCCCUUGGGGCCUGCUCCAGUACCCAAACCAAAAUCCUGGAAGGCUUGGGUUUCAAUCUCACAGACACCCCAGCAGCAGAGAUCCAGCAGGGCUUCCAGCACCUGAUCUGUUCACUGAAUUUUCCAAAGGAGGAGCUGGAAUUACGGAUGGGAAAUGCCAUCUUCAUUGAGAAGCAGUUGAAACCACUGGCAAAGUUUUUGGAUGAUGUCAAGAACCUCUAUGAGACUGAAGUCUUUUCUACCGACUUUUCCAAUGUUUCUGCAGCCCAGCAGGAGAUCAAUAGUCAUGUGGAGGAGCAAACCAAAGGGGAAAUUGUGGGCCUCAUUCAAGAACUCAAACCAAACACCAUUAUGGUCCUGGUGAACUAUAUUCACUUUAAAGGCCAGUGGGCAAAUCCUUUUGAUCCAUCCAAGACAAAAGAGGGUUCCAGCUUCUUAGUGGACAAGACCAUGACAGUGCAAGUGCCCAUGAUGCACCAGGUGGAACAGUACUAUCACCUGCUGGAUACAGAGCUAAACUGCACAGUGCUGCAAAUGGACUACAGCAAGAAUGCUCUGGCACUCUUUGUCCUUCCCAAAGAGGGCCAGAUGGAGCGGGUGGAAAGAGCCAUGUCAUCUAAAACACUGAAGAAGUGGAACCGCUUACUGCAGAAGGGGUGGAUUGAAUUGUUUGUUCCAAAGUUUUCCAUUUCUGCCACAUAUGACCUUGGAGCCGUCCUUUUGAAGAUGGGCAUCCAGGAUGCCUUUGCUGACAGUGCUGAUUUUUCUGGACUCACAAAGGACAACGGUCUUAAACUUUCCAGUGUUGCCCACAAGGCUGUGCUGCACAUUGGUGAAAAAGGAACCGAAGCUGUCCCUGAAGUCAGAUUCCUGAAUCAGCCUGAGAUAACUCUUCUUCAUCCUGUCAUCCAUUUUAAUAGAUCCUUCCUGUUGUUGAUAUUGGAGAAAAGUACCAGGAGUAUUCUAUUUCUAGGGAAAGUUGUGGACCCAACGAAAGUGUAGUUGGGAAAGAGGUUGUUGACUAAUUGCAUGUGUUUACUGCAAUGAGAAAUAAACAAAUAGUAUAGCCUGAAGUGAUCGAUGUGGGCUUGGAUGUGUUUUCCUUUGUGCAGGGUUGGAGACUGGACCUUAGCUAAAUUUUGUUGGGUGUCAAGAGGCCACUCUUGUGAUCAAAUAUUCAGAUAAUAAAUGUUCCCGAAGUGCAGGAAGGCCUCAUGUCAAUACAUUCCCCUUUGUUAGAAC